ACGUCAUUUUUAUUUAUUGAGGAGCUGGGCUUCGAUCAAUGGUUUCAUGUGAUUGUGACGCUUAUUUCUCGUUUAAAAGCUGGGCCCAUAGUUAAUAAUAGUCUGUAAGUUCUACAUUACUUACAACUAAGAAGUGCAAACUUUAUAUAGGCAUACUAUUUUUGAGAGCAAUCAUGAGUUUUUCAAAGAUUUUUGGUGGUAAAAAAAAGGAGCAAGCGCCAAGUACAGGAGAGGCAAUACAAAGAUUACGACAAACAGAGGAAAUGCUGAAUAAAAAACAAGAUUUUCUUGAAAAAAAAAUUACAGAAGAAUUAAAAACAGCAAGAAAUAAGGGAACAAAGGACAAACGAGCUGCCUUGAAUGCAUUAAAAAGAAAGAAACGUUUAGAAAAACAACUUCAACAAAUUGAUGGCACACUAUCAACAAUUGAGUUCCAAAGAGAAGCACUAGAAAAUGCCAACACAAAUUCAGAGGUUUUGAAAACUAUGGGAUAUGCAGCCAAGGCUUUAAAGAAUGCACAUCAGCAUCUAGAUGUGGAUGAUGUGCAUGACUUGAUGGAUGACAUUUCCGAAUCAAUGGAUGUGAGUAAUGAGAUAAGUGAAGCUAUCUCAACUCAACCUGCAUUUGAUACAGUCGAUGAGGAUGAAUUAUUAGCUGAAUUAGAAGAACUUGAACAGGAGGAGUUGGAUGAGAAGUUGUUAGAUGUUGGACCAUCAGUGUCAGAUAGGUUACCAGACGUUCCAUCAGAAGCACCAGCACAUAGGGAAAAAGCAAAGAAAGUAGAUGAUGAUGAUGAUAUGGCAGAGUUGGCAGCAUGGGCAUCCUAAAGAUUUACUACUGUACAUCCUAGUUUAGUAUAUUAGUAAGCCCACACAUCCUAAUUUCCAUUUUUUUUAUUUGAUUCUUGUUGAUAUUCUGUGCCAUGUUGUAUAUUAAUGUAGCCUGGAAGCAUUAAUUAAAACCAGGUAUAUUUUCUAAGAAUAAAUUAAAAAAAAAAAUACAUUUAAAGUGUAGGGGUUUUUUUUUUAUAUAUAUAUAUAUAUUUGAUUUGUAAAUACAAACUAGUUUCAAACAGCUUAUUGCGUGCAGAGCAUCAUAGCUAGUUUAGGACAGAAUGAAAUAUUAAUUUGUUAAGAUCUACUCAAUCUACUAAAAAAGUUAAGAAUUUAGACAUGUGAAGAUAUGAGGUGGUGUUACUAUUGAAGGGAUUUGAAUUUGCUCAAUUAUGAGUAAGAGUAGUUCAGUAGAGUCAGUAAAAGGAGAUAACUUGUGAAACUCUAUUCUUUGAACCUGAUCAUAAUUUAUUGUUAUAAUAGUAAUUAGGAUUUUAAAUUUUUAUUCCAAAUCAAUGAUCAAAGGCAUGAUUACGUUGUCAAUCCUGGUCAUAGGAUAGUGUACAAAUACAACAUUGUUUGAUGGUUUGGUUUGCUAUAUAAGAAUAAACUAUUAUUAUUAUUAUUAUUAUUAUUAUUAUUAUCAUCAUUAUUAUGUGAAGUAGUGAAUUCGACUUCCCAAGUUGUGAGGUGACUGCUCCAAUCAUCCAACGAGGGAAAUAAAAAUCACUGUAUUUUACCAAAAUAUAACCAUAUUGUAUAACGUUAUACUAUACUUUGCAUAAACAUCAAAGCGUUGGUCCACAUUAGCCAUUUUGAUGUGUGAGAGUAAAAUUACACAAUUUUGCAUACGGUUCAGGCAGGCUGUUGGCAGGAGCCGGGGAAAUUUUGCACAUGCAGGGAAGUAGUAGUAACUACCGCAUCACUUACCAUGUGAAAUUGACCUACAGUAUGAAAUUAAUAUUAAUGAUUGAUAGUAAUAUACAACUCUGCGCUCAAAUCUAGUACAUUCAAUGCCUUAAAAUCUACCCAUUUGAACUCUUGCAGAGAAGAACAUUGCCUAAGGACAAACUUUCACAGAGACGGUUCAAGGUUGAGAGUCCGAGGCUCAACUAUUGGGCCAAUUAAACGUUGAGCGAUACUGAAAACAAUAAAAGGUAAUUUUGGACAAGAAAGAGACGUUGAAUAUUGAAUUUUGGUUUUGUUAGGUUUAUAGUAAAUUCAGGUCUAUUUCAGGAUACUAGGAAGUGCUAACCAUAUUACCACAUGUUUUUUAUGCUGAUAACACACAUUUUAUUUAAAUGUGUUUGAAAUACAAGAAAUCAUCCAAUGUUUGGAACUUUGAACUGAGAAUAGACAAAGAAGAAAUUGAAUUUGAACUGUAUAUAGUUACUGUAGGCUUAGACAAGUUUGGGCUUUUUUGUUAAUUGGUAGUACAGUAUGGUUAAAUUACUGUAUGAUUGGUGGUAUUUUAGUGUUUUUCGAUAUAGGUAUCUGUGUUUAUACCAUACCUUCUAAAAAUACAAAACCUACUCAAAAAUUUAUAUCCUCGCUAUUUUAAUAGCCAAUUUGUCCUUAACAAUUUCUUUAAAAAUUGCAAAACUGUAUUUCCUCCGUUCUAAUAAAUAUAUCUACAGUCAUGCACAUUGCAUAAAGAAAUACCAUAGUCAAUUCAGAUAUAAUACCUACAUUUUGGGCAUAAAACCCAAAAUCUGUCCAAAUUCAUAAGUUAAAUAGAUCUUUGCACUAAGCCCUACCCCUUGGAUAUUGUUGCUAAGGUCCCACAAAACAGUAUUGUAAAUGUAGAGGGUUCUGAUUGGUCAGAUGUUUGGUUAGUACUCCGGAAAGGUCCAUUAUCUUUUAGUUAGCGUACUGUUACAGAUCUAAUGUUGACUGUAUGAUGUGACAAAUGUAAUUUUAUCAACUUUACUAUACAGUACUUUUUUCUUAAAUGCAAAAAAUAAAGCUGAGAAUAUAUGUAAUGUUUCACAUUCUUUUUCUUUUUUUCUCAUUUAAUUACCUUACACCUUUUAACUUGAUGCUUCGAGACUUAGAGACCUAUGCUCAUUUGUCCCUCUUGAUACAUCCGAGAAUCUUCUUCAGAUACAUACGGUCUGUACUUCAAUCGGUGGCCAGACCAGUUUCCUUUUUCGAAGCCCGACUUAAAGGCAUUUUACUGUCUUUGCAGAGACAACAUAAUUUGGAAGCGCAUUCCAAUCACUUACUACUCUGAGUAGGAAUUCUUUCUAACAUUAGUAUUUGCUUUGCUUUUGUAAAGUUUAUAAUCAUGUCCUCUAGUUUUACUCUGAGGUGGGCUCAGACAUAUUCAAUGUUUACCGGAAAAUCGUGCUAGAAUAUAAAAAAUACAAUGAAUAUAAAUACAAUGGCUCUUCAGUAUAUUGUAUGAACUUAUGUAUUAAGGUUGGUGUUUAAAUUAUUAACACAAUUAAAUUAAAAUAAUAAGUAAAUUUUUAGCACAACAUUUAGCCAACUCAUAAUUAUUUAAACAAGGUUUAGGUACAAAAUCACUAUGAAUAUUGAACAAAUUUAAUUUGAAUAUUCUAUCGCGGACGUUAGCAUUUGGGCGAGAGAUCACCAGCGUUGGAAACUGUUGACCGCCGAAAAGCGUGUACCGCACUUAAGAUAUUUAAUUUCAGUUAUAAAAUUCUUGAACAUGUUUAUUGUAUUUUAACAAAAUCUGUAUCUGCCAUUUACAAUGCAGAUUGACUUUUCAGACAUUCUUGGGUUAUCCUUAGUGUAUGUAGUUCAUUUCGAAUAUAUCCAAUGAACAAAAUUAUGUGAAUGCCUACAAGCUGUAGUUGAUUGAAUGAAUGUAACACAAAAGGUACUUUUUUAAUGUCUAAGAAAUUAGACAUUUCAGUUUUUGAAUAAAGUUAUAUAUAAAUAUCAUCUUAUUA